AUUAAAAAAAACGUAGUUGAUAAGUCACACAAAAAUAUCACUCUCUCAAAAACCCAAAUAGUAGUAGCAGUUGAUACAUACUACAAUAACAAGUGUUUUAUUAGGGUUUUGAGAUUAGUGUUAAUUUUGUGCAAUGGACGUUGAAAUUGAAGAGAUUUCUUCUCUAAAUGCUGAAAAACUUAAAAACAAUAAGGAGGCUAUUACUAAGGAUAAUUCACAUACUGUAGCUGGGUCCACAUCUGGAUCUCUUGCCUCUGGUAAUAACAACAGUUCCAAUUCAGACCUCACGUUUCAUGAAGAUCAAAAUGACGGAGGCGAUGGGAUGGAUGAUUGUGAUGAUGAUGUGUCAAACUAUGAUGAUGACGAUGAUGACUAUAUGUAUUACGAUAAUGAUGAUGAUGAUGAGUGUGAUUACUUGAGUAUGCAGGCACAAUUUGAUAAUGUUGAUUUGCCUGCUGGUGUUGAGGCAUCAGUUUCUUGGUUAAAUCAACCUGCUCCUAGUACAAAAGCGCUUCCCCAGGUUAGCUCUUCGAGUCAUCUGGCAGGUGCUGAGACAUCGAAUCCCACAGUUCAUACGCUUGCAAGUAGUAGCUUUACUCAGGGCUCUGCUUCAAGCGGUUCUCUGGUGUCUGGAGGGUCAAAUUCUCGUGGAAAGGAAGAGCAAACUGAAGAUGAACUACUCGAAAAGUAUCAAAAUUUUAAGCGUUUUGAUGUGGUAGAGGACUUUUCAGAUCAUCAUUACAGUAACUUGGGCUUCCAGGGGCAACAGCCACCUAAGGCCUGGAGCAAGAAAGUCCAGGAUGAGUGGAAAAUAUUGGAAAAUGAUUUACCUGAUACAAUAUAUGUAAGGGUCUAUGAAGCAAGGAUGGAUCUCCUCAGGGCUGUCAUUAUUGGACCACAAGGCACUCCAUACCAUGAUGGUCUCUUUGUGUUUGAUGUCCUGUUCCCUCAAACCUACCCUGAUGUGCCACCAAUGGUUUACUACUACUCUGGAGGUUUGAGACUGAAUCCCAACUUGUAUGACUGUGGAAAAGUCUGUCUCAGUCUUCUGAACACUUGGACUGGCAAAGGUAACGAAAGGUGGUUGCCUAAGUCAUCAACCAUGCUGCAAGUAUUGGUUUCAAUACAAGCUCUAAUUUUGAAUGCAAAGCCUUUCUUUAAUGAGCCUGGAUAUGAAGCUUCAUAUCCUGGACCUGAGGGAGAGAGGAGAUCUAAAGCUUACAAUGAAGAUGUUUUUGUUCUGUCUUUGAAGACAAUGACAUACACAUUGAGGAGGCCACCAAAGCAUUUUGAAGAUCUUGUCAUUGGUCACUUCCGUUGCCAUGCUGCAGACAUUCUCUCUGCAUGCAAGGCAUAUAUCAAUGGAGCUCCAGUUGGUUCUGUGGUCAAGGGAAUGGUCCAGGGUGCUAGUGCAACCGAAGAGAGGAGCUCAACGAUAUUCAGGGAAUCAGUAUCCAGAAUGCUGAAUGGACUUAUAUCCCUUUUCACCAAGAAUGGUGCCAAGGAUUGUGACCGGUUUCGUGCCUAACCCUACAGGAUUGAUUACCCAUCAGUUCUUAAAAUAUGAAUAUCACAAGUUGUCUUUGCUGAAUGGUCCAUUUUCUGACUGUUAUGAUCACCUCUUUUACCUUGCUUUAGGUGCCGUUCACAAUUUCGUGUACAUAAAAACUCUAAUUUUUGAAUGUAGAUAAAACCGGAUGCCUUUGUGCUCUGCAGUAGGAAA